AUGGAGGCUCGGUUCCAGCUCCACGAGAACCAGGGCACCUUCUCCCUGGAGUGUCUCCUGGAGAAAUCCUACCCGGUCUACGAUGUGGCAUCGGAUCCUGGCUACUUCAGCGCUAGCCUGUCUCCCACCUCCUCCGAGGACUCCUUCUCGCCCAACCUGGCGGACGCCUUGGACUGCUUCUUGUUUAGCAGUCCUUCUCCAGCUCCCAUUAAGAAGACCCGAUCCAGGUACCCGGGCAAGAAGCGCCAGACGGCCAGCGAGCGUGAGAAGCUGAGGAUGAGGGACCUGACCAAGGCUCUGCAUCACCUGAGGUCCUACCUGCCCCCCUCGCUGGCGCCCUCGGGCCAGACCCUCACCAAGAUCGAGACCCUGCGCCUGGCUGUACGCUACAUAUCCUUCCUGUCGGCCCAGCUGGGGCUCAGCGAGGAGGCGCUGGAGCAGAGGAGGAGACCCUCGGGGCAGGCAGAGCCACCGCAGACACUCAGCCAGUUCUUGGGUCACCAAGAUGGAUCCUGUGAGCAGACCACCACCGCCCACGUGUUGGCCCCACAAACUGGCUGUCAAUUUCCAAGCGACGUGUCCUUCGAUGCUCAGCAGUAUUGGUUGCUGCAGCAACAGCUUCACAACUUCUCAGGACAAUGCUGA